AAACGAUUUCAGUAUCAACUCGAAGUAUACAACUUAAGUUGAUUGAAGUCUGGAAGGAGUUUUGUGGAGUGAGAAGAGGGAGUUGCUUUCUUUAGCAUAACCAACAGUGGAGGCCACCAUGGGGAUGCCAGAGGACUUAGCAGUGUCCAGGAAAGUGAACUUAACGACAGUGGGUAAAUCAACCUUUCUGGACUCGGAGUUCCGCUACACACUCUUCCCAGUGUUCUACGGUGUUGUGUUUGUCCUUGGGCUGAUAGCCAACAGUUACGUGCUGUUCGUGCUGCGGCGCAUGCGCAACGCCAAGGCCAUGAACGAGAUCCGCAUCUACAUGGCCAACCUGACUGUGGCCGACCUCCUCUUCGUGUGCGCCCUCCCCUUCUGGAUUGGCUACUACCACUGCAGCGGCGACUGGCGCUACGGCGACUUCCUGUGCCGUGUCACCGGCGUGUUCUUCUUCAUCAACACCUACUGCUCCAUCCUCUUCCUCGCCGCCAUCAGCGUCAACCGUUACUGGGCCAUCACGCGCCCGCUUGAUGCCGCAUCGUCCGACCGUUGGCGCCGCGGAGUGGCUGUCACCAUGGUUAUCUGGGCGCUCACUCUGUCCAUGUCCGUGCCGCACCUCUUGAAGACGGGCAUCCAGGUGGAUGAGCGCAACGUGUCGCGCUGCUUCGAGGGCUUCCACCACAACACUGACGACGAAAAGCGUACAGUGGCCACCAACCACCUCAUCAUCGUGGUGUGCUUCGUCUUGGUCUUCUUCGUAGUAGUAGUCUGUAACCUGCUCAUCGCCCGGGCCCUGCUCGCCCAGUCCCCUAUCCAGACUCGGGGCUCUAGUUCAUACAUGCCCCGGGGGGUGAAGGGCCAGGCCCUGCAGAUGCUGUGUGCCGUGGUGGGGGUGUUUGUGGUGUGCUUCAUCCCCCACCACGUGGUCCAGGGCCCCUGGACUCUGGCUGUACUGGAGAUCAAGGAGGGCUGGGGCAGCAUGGACUGGGACCAGCGGACCAGGCAGUGGCUUAACGACGCCCACCAGGUCACCUUGAUGCUGAUGGGGCUCAACUGCCUCCUGGACCCUGUGGUCUACUGCUUCGCCACCAGGAAGUUCCGCCUGUACAUCAAGGACCAUCUGAAAAAGUUGGGGAGGGGCAAAGGAUGCUCGGAAACAGCCAUCACACAGAUUUCUAUGGUGGAGUGCAAGAUUAUGAGCCAGCGGCUCCAUAACGAGCAGCAGCAGCUCCAGAUUUAAAUCUCUAGCUAACAUUGUAUUGUAAACAUUGUGGCUAAUGCUUAUGCUGACUGUUGAUAGUGACCACAUCCUCAGGAUGCUUCAUUCCAUCACACCCACAUCUAAAGUGCAGAACAUGCACUCUGUUACGUAGCCUCAUGUUCAUUCAGACACAUUCACAUGAACAGAUGCAACACCACACAGCCCCACCCAGAGUAUGGUUCCUCAGUAGAUUUCUUCCCUGUAGGGAUUUUUUCCUGGCCACUGAGCCAGCUAUAAUCAGUGCUUUCAGGAGUCUUUGGACCAUUGAUUCUUUGUUUUCACUUUUCAGUUGUACUUUACAUUGUAUCUCACAACGUAUCUUACACUUUGUUCUUGUGACAGACUUGCGACUUCAAUUUCAUCACCUCUGUUUCUUCCUGUUCUUCUACUGUAAUCAGAGGAGAAAAUAUGAAGUUUUAUAGGGAACUGGAGCUUCUAUAAAUGAUAGCACAAUAGCUCUAUGAACUCAGUCCCAAGCCACUAGACUAGAUCGUUUGAUAAAAAAGAUAUGGUGCAUUUACUCGGAUAGUCCUAUCGCUGUUGGAGCCUUCGAAAUUCGGUGCUGAACAACAGCUAGUCAUGAGCAAGGAAUUUAAAAUUCCUCGGUCUUGAGCACCUAACAUGGACACAUAUUUAAGUUCAUGCAUGUUGAGAUAAGCAAAUCUUUGUAAUGAACUGAAAUUGUAAUUGCCAAACGAGCUAUGUAGAAUUGCAUGGAUUUUAGCCUAGAGAGUAUUUUAGCCUACUCUCACCUGUGGUACAAUGUGAAAUUGUAUUUGUUUUGUAGGAUUGCAAAAUAAAUACUGGGAGCCCAGAAGUACUUUCGGUCACACUUUAUUUGGAUAGUCCAGAUAGUCCAUUUGUAGAUGCUCUACAGAGAGGUCAUACUAUCAACACACUAUUUGUUGACAAGCAACUGCUUGCUAAGGUUAGGGUUAG